CACCACCACCACAGUCCGUCCUCACCACGCCAGGCACGACAACUGCACGUAUCCAUGAAUGGCCACCCGCACAGCCCAGCCCAGCCCAGCGCUCGCUCGGCCGUGGCGCCCGAAGUCCCCGACGACAGCCGAGCAGCAUUAGCAUUCCAGGAACGCGCCACUCUUGUGUCACCUGAUGAUGCGACCCCCCGAAGAAAAGCAGAUGCGAAAACGAGUCAUGGGCAGUAGCGCUCGCUCCCGCGGGCAGGCAAGGGCUGCCGACGGUCCGUUCGUUGGUGUGAUGUCAUUCGACGCGAUGCGCCAUCCAUGUCCCCCGGCCGAAACGCUGGCGCCUCUGGCUGCAAGAACACAAGGAAAAGAUGGGACGGGGACUGGAGCGGAGCGCUCGCACAGACUGUGUGGUGGCCCCGCGCGGGCCGCUCUUGCAGUCCCUCCCCCCCUCCCCCCCCUUUCACCACCAGCAGAUCGUUUAUAUGACAUUACGAGAAACAACGAAAACAGCCUGGUCGAAUGACCUCACGUGCCCACACGUCGAGGCUAGACGGCACGCCAGCGGCGGCACGGCCGACGAACCAUGGACGCCUUCGGCCUGGACUGGCGCGAGCUCCCGACAACCCGGCUGGAUGGAGGACGUAGUGGCCCCGUAUAACCCCGUGAGGAAUCAUUCGAGUUUCCACUUUACCCAGUAUACGAGGGAAAAGCUUCACUACUACCACCGCUACCACCACUGCCAUCAAGUAACUAACGCAACUAUGGUAGGUACCCGGCCGCCGCUGUACAUGAGGUAGUACCAAGCUGGCCCCAGCGGCAAAACACGCUGGGGUUGCACGACCGGGUCGCCAUCAGUAUAUAGCUCGCAGUCGUCUCCCUCCAUGUCCAGCUUCUUGUCCAAGUGUGAUUGCAGUCAGUCGUGACUCUCAAGGAUCCAGUAUCAAGCAGUCCCUCAUACAUAAUCCACCACCACCAAGUACUACACCAAACAGACAGACAAACACUUCAACUCCCCCCUGUCAGGCAAACACCAGUAAACACCAUGAAGACGCAGAUCCUCUUCGCGACCUUGGCCGCCGUCGCCCUGGCCGCCCCUGCCGACGAGCACAAGUGUCCUGCGCCCGGCUCGACCGACAGCCAGGGCCGCUACUCUUGCAAUCCCGCCCACCAGUACCCCAACGGCCAGACCUGCGAGGUCGUCGACGGCUGCUACUACCUCUUCGCCAACGGGAAGCCCGUCGACAACAGCGGCUCCUCCACCGUCACCUCCGCGCAGCCCACCCAGUCGGCCACCUGCCCCGCGCCCGGCUCGACGGACGCUCAAGGCCGAUACUCGUGCAACCCGGCGCACCAGUACCCCAACGGCCAGACCUGCAAUGUCAUUGACGGCUGCUAUUACCUCUGCGACGCCAGCGGCAAGCCCGUCAUCAACACCGUCACGGCCACCGUUACCUCGGCUCAGCCGACCCAGUCUUCUGCCUGCCCGGCGCCCGGCUCGACGGACGACAAGGGCCGCUACUCGUGCAACCCGGCUCAUCAAUAUCCCAACGGCCAGACCUGCAAUGUUAUCGAUGGCUGCUAUUACCUCUGCGGCAGCGAUGGCAAGCCCAUCUCCAACGUCGCGAGCUCGACCGCCGCGCCCACGCAGACCCCGACGUGCCCGGCGCCCGGCUCGACCGACAGCCAGGGCCGCUACUCGUGCAACCCGGCUCACCAGUACCCCAACGGCCAGACGUGCCAGGUCAUCGACGGCUGCUACUACCUCUGCGGCAGCGAUGGCAAGCCCAUCCCCAACACCGUGAGCUCGACCGCCGCGCCCACGCAGACCCCUACGUGCCCGGCCCCAGGAUCCACGGAUAGCAAGGGAAGGUACUCUUGCAACCCGGCGCACCAGUAUCCCAACGGCCAGACGUGCCAGGUCAUUGACGGCUGCUACUUCCUCUGCGGCAGCGAUGGCAAGCCCAUCGACAACAACCCCCCAACCGCCCAACCCACCAAGAGCAGCCCCAGUGCCACGGUCGUGAACCCGACGCGCACCGGUGUGCCUACCAUCACUGCCGGCGCGGCUCACGUCAAGGGCGCGGGUAUGUUGGUCCUUGCCGCCGUCGGUUUGGCCUUGUAGUCUGCGCUCCGAGAGGACACAGGAGGGGGGGGGGCGUCAUAUUUAAUGCGGUUUGGCACGUACAUGUCCGUACAACCCGGACCGGGAGGAACACAUCAGGCUCGAUACGUAUAGGUAUUGCACUUAAUUACUCGCAGGGCCUGCAGGACGUACUAUAUGCAGCGUGAUGUGGGGGGCCAGUAGGGGAGGAGGAGGAGGCCUAUAUAAUCGAUCUAAUGAGCUGCAUUUUUUGAACCCUUCUUUUGGAACGAUGUGACUGAUGACGCUGAUGGAAUGGCUGGCAAGUAAACUUUUCACCUCACCUCUUGGCGGGUGUGGCGAUUUUUACUCAGAGCGCUUCGUGGAGACAAAAGUCAACUGCUGUCAGCCCGCGGUUGCAGGAGCAUCAAAGUAUACAAUUCAGUCGAGCGUCAAGUGAGAGACCCA